CCGGCAGUUCUUUAACACUGGAAUAAGUUGACAAGUUGCUUGACGAACGUGAUAACUUAUUUUUUGACAGAACCCUUUCCAAAUUAAUGAAAAAUGGCGUCAGCUGCAAGGAUUGUUGGAAUCUUUGUUUUGUUUUUUAUUACCUUCCUCAUCGGUCUCAUACCGUUUGCAUUAUUAAGAUUGUUUGAGAAGAAAUUUUCGAAGGAGAAACUUAGAAGGUGGAUUGGAAUUUUAAACUGUUUUACAGGGGGGAUAUUUUUUGGUACAGCCAUUUUGCAUUUGCUGCCAGAGGCUAGAGCACUUAUAAAGGAGGCCAUCUCUUAUGAUUAUCCGGUCACAGAGGCUAUAACCGGAGGUGGAUUCUUAAUUACGCUAACACUGGAACAUCUCAUCAGUUACCAUGGUUUAUCCCAUGUCGGCCAUUUACACGACAAUGGACAUGAGAACAAAAUAGACCUAAACGAAGACGCUGCGACGAAGAGGGAAAAUGAAAUCAACGGAAAGUCCCUCGACAAAUCAAAAGAAGCAGCAGAGUCUGUCAAGGUGGAAGUCGAACAACCUAAUUUUAAAUUUCUAGCUUUUCGGUCAUUUCUUCUGCUGCUAGCUCUGUCAUUUCACAUGAUAUUUGAGGGUUUGGCCGUCGGACUCCAGACCGAGGAGGAGGAUGCCUGGAUUUUACUGGGGGUUCUCUCCCUCCACAAAGUCGCUGUCGCAUUCAGUGUCGGAUUUCAGCUGGAAGAAAAUUUGAAAAAGUUUAAGUUUGUACUGUUGUCAUUGUUUCUUCUAUCCAUUGUUGCGCCAAUCGGGGUCGUUAUUGGCUACAUCGUGACGGAAGUGGGAGAAGAUGCACAUGGGCAGGACAUUGCUUCGGGAGUUUUGCAGAGCAUCUCUGUCGGUUGUUUUCUUUACGUAACUUUCUUUGAAAUCCUAAGUAAUGAAAUACACAUCACCAAGGAAAGGAGUCAUUUAAAAGUCUUGUUUACUGUCAUUGGAUAUUUAGUUGUCAUUGGUAUCCAGUUCGUCAAGCAUGACCAUGAAGGUCAUGACGACCAUUAGACAAGGGUAAGGUCGUCCGACAAGAGACGUUAUAAUCAAACAAUGAUUGGACUAUAUUGUUUUGACGUGAUUUGUAAAGAUUACUACAAUUGAUUCACCUGUAUAUUUAUAAUUGUAUAUCAUUUACAAAUGUAUCUCACAUCAUUACUCUAUGCUCUUUGUCUUGCCGUGAUAUUUUCACUAAACAUAGGUUACAUUUUAUUCAAUCCAUAUUGUUCAAAUGCUAUAACAUUUGUCAAUUGUAGUAAAACACGAUUCAAUUCAUUUUUUUAAGCUUAAUAUGAACACUAAAAAAGACAAGAAUUAAAUGUCAUUCUGCAUUGAAUUUCCUAGUCGUGCGAGAAAGAGUGGGGUAACUAUAAAAGAAAAAAUGCAAAUGGACGAAAAUAGAAAAUUUAUACAGUAUGUUAAAAGACGCUAAGACAUCAACAUUACAUCGACAUUCAAAUACAUGUGUAUCGAAGACAUCUUAUCAAAUAACAAUUAAUUGUACUGUAUUUUCAUUCGUAUACCGAAUCGAUAUACUGUGUGCUUUAUAAAGUUAGCUUCAUAUUUUAGCGGCUUUGGCCAGAGAGCAAUACGCUGAUUUAUGAAUACCGCAAAUUAAUAAUGUACAUAUACAAUAUAUAUAAAGGUCUUGUGUAGCGCUAAUUCAUGAUUACACCAACAACUCCAUACCAAGUGAUUGUGCUGAAUUUACAAUAUACCAUUUCAUGUACACGUAAAGUAUCCCAUUGAACAUGAAAUAAAUGACACCAAAGAGUC